UCUGAACUAGGUGAGCAGAGAGACCCUUCAAUCAUGGCGAUCAGAAGGACAUCUCCAUUCUACAAAGGGUCACCAGAUGAAGAUCUGUCAGAUGAAGAAAACUAUUUCUUGAAGUAUCAUAGAGAACAAUUUUUGAAAGAUUUCCCCAAGUGGAAACAGGAACAAGAAAAAAUUAUCAGAGAGCUCCGUGCCCGGGCAGAUGAGGUUGACGCCACCCAUGAACAAACCAACAAGAUCAACAUGGUGGCCCACACCACAGCUGUCUUCUCUAGAGCCAUGAGCUUCUUGGGGAUUGCCCUCGCUCCACUGACCACAAGAGGAAGCCUCACGCUUUCAGCUGCCGGCAAAACUUUGGGGGCAGCAGCUGGGAUCACCAGUGAUGUGACCAACCUGAUAGAAGGGUCCUGCAAUAAAAAAGUUAAAGCUCAGGCCACCGGGCACGAGCCUACCAGUGAGCCAGAGUUCGAGCAGGUGGAUGAGAAGUCCAUUUUCACAGCUAUUACUAAUAUCAUGGACAAGUUUCAAGACACCUCCAAGAGUCUCAGGAAGAGCAGGCGUGCCUACAGGGUAGCCCAAGCCAAGCCAAGCUUGGCUAAGGCUGCCAAGCAUCGCCUGACAGGUGGCAAAGUCUCAGGCAAAACCAGCAAGUAUGUGCAAAAGGCCUUUGAUGGCACACCUCUGGGAAUGACCAAAAGUGCUCUCUUGGAGGGAGGUGCAGAGACGGCUGUCCACCUCGUCCGGGAUUUGUGCAAUCUCUCUGAUACCUGGAAGAAACUGAAGGAUGGAGACAGGGCACAGCGGGCAAAAGAACUAAGGGCCCAGGCCCAGGAGCUGGAAGAGCUGGUGACACAGUACAGCCACCAUUAUGAGCGGCUACAGCAGAAACUCUAUUUUCGUUCUAUGUUGUUGCGUUUUGUUUUGUUUUGUUUUGUUUGUUGUGUUUUGUAUUUCCUCCCACAAAUUCUUGAAUUCUUGACAAGAAGAACAGAGCAAAAUCUUUUGUCUUGGGAAAGCAACAGAGACUCAAACUCAGCCUCCAUCCGAGGCGCAGGACAGGUUCCAGGGCCAAGUGAAGCAAAGCAAUUAACCUAGUUACCCAGGAGCGCCACUCGGAGGGACCAGAACCUGCUGCCCCCCUCACAGCACAGCGAAGGUCACGGUGAGCGGGAGACCCAGGUGGAGUGGCAGCAUGAGGGCCCUGGCAGGCGCAGGCGCAGGCGCAGCUGAAACCCCCACGCAUGCGAUGACUUCGAGACCCCAGCCCUGCGUACCUUACAAGCACUAUAAAGCUACACAUUUCUGUCUUUUGGUUGAGUGUAAGGAUGGCCUUAGGCCUUAGCCUAAGCAACUCCAUUUUAAAAUAAAUCUGCAUGCUCACCAGGCAAGCCACAGAGCCCUCAGAUCGUCAAUCAGGCACAGCCUGAUAAAAGCAAGUCACUUUCCACAACCCUGAUAAGAGCCAGAAGGAUAUCAGGGCGGAAACCACAGACCAUAUGUCCAUUCUAAUAUGUAAGAUGUCACUAAGUAAACCUGGUAACAGCUGAUAGGGACCCAAAGGGCGAGCAGAAGCUCCCAAAAUUUAGUAUAAAUAAUGGAACAAAUGAACAUUCAGCCAGCUGACACCGAUGCCCACAUGCCAGAGACCCUCAUGAGGACCUGGACUACACCCCAACUCUUCUCAUCAUCUGCCUGAUCCUCUGCAUCGUCCUCACCACUUGCA